GGUUCCAUUCGUACCUGAAGGCAACAUGAUUGUAGCCAUUAAGAUGCUGUUAGCUUUAACAGAUAGAUACUUUAUCAGAGUUGCCUUAAUGGAGGCGACUAAUAUUUAAGAAAAUACGGAACGAAUGACUUAUGUUAAACUAUCAAUGAGGUUAAUUAGUUGAAUUUCAAAUGCUGGCUUGUGUUAGCCUGGUAACUUGCUUGGUAGCUUGGUAGCAUUGUUCGCUUCUUACGUUAACGUGAAUUGUUGACACUGUUAAAGUCAACUCGUCUGUUGUAGCUUCCGACUUUAAGUUUGCAGAUGGACAAGUUUGUAGUGCGGCUCCCCAAGGGCGAAACACCCCAAAAAUCGAAGAGCCAAGAAAAGGUUUACAAACAAACUACAAUUGAAUCUUUACGGAGGGUCGUUGUGAUUGAGGACAUCAUGCGAUACAAAUCCAUGCUGGAGCUGCCAGAACAGAGCAAAGACAACCUGCUGGCUGCCCUGACAGAGCUGAGCAAGAAGAUCCCAUCCAGGGAGGUGCUCAAGACCACAAAAAUAGGCCACACGGUCAACAAAAUGCGAAAGCAUCCGGACCCUGAAGUGAGUUCAGUGGCGGCGAAGGUUUACACCGACUGGAGGACGUUCAUUGAGGAGAAUUCCAAUAAGCCGUCCAUCGAAGUGCGCUCGGACAAACAAUCUGAAGGAAUCAGGAGCAACGCUAGGAGGCUAAUGUCUGAAGCCCUGGAGGUCAAGGAGGAUUCAGGUCUCAUAGACAACAUCGAGAGAGAAGUGUUUCACCAGAGCUCCCGGUUAGUGAGCGGUUCAUACAGACGGACUGUUAGAGCGCUGGUGUUUGCCUUCAAACACAACCCUGAGAUCAGAACUCAAGUAAAAGACAGCACGAUAUCGGUCGACCAGCUGGUCUCCAAAUACAAAAAAUAGGUCAAGGAUAACUACGCCGAGCCUCAGAUUUCACAGUGAAGGUUGUUUACAUCCAGUUAUGUGUUUUUUUUAUUCUUUAUUUUUAUUCAUUUUAUUCUUUUUCGUAAUUUUCUGCAAAAACAAUAAAAAAUACGCUUUGUGGCACAUCAA